UAUCUUUCCCUCUGUCACUCUCUCUCUCUCUACAAGUUCUGGUUUUGCUCGCAGACAAGGAGCAAGCGAUUUCUCCGACCGCCACCGGGAGCCGAUCGACGCCGCGAGAAUGAGCAACUACAACCAGCAGCAACCCCCCGUCGGCGUCCCUCCGCCGCAAGGUUAUUCGCCGGAGGGUUAUCCCAAGGACGCGAACCCGCCCCCCAGGCACCCCCCGCAGAGCUAUGCCGCCGUGGACUUCCCGCCGCCGCAGGGGCAGUGUUGCAUGGAUAGCCGCCUCACUUUCGGGCAAAUCUGUUUGAGUGCACUGUGCUGCUGCUGUGUUGUGGACCGUUGCUUCUGAGGAGGAGAGCAACAAGACUGAAAGUGUGAUUUUCAUGUGAAGGAGGAGGACUCUUUUGUUAUUUGCUUUUGUUAUUAUAUUUUCUGUGUCUAUUUUGUGGUCCCACGCCGAUUCCUCAAAUAAUACGGACUUUGCUUGUCAAUUUGUAAGUGUAUUUCCCCCCCGCCUAUGUGGUCGAUGUGUUUUGUUCUAGAAUCUGUACCAUGCCGCUGCUGCUGCUUAAAGUCCCACAUGAAUUUGUCCU